GAGUCGGGGCGCCACCGCGGGUUUCGAUUAGUGCUCGGAGCUGCGGCGGCUGAGCAGGGCUCGGAUCUGUGCUGCCAGGAGCCCAGCCACUAGGCUGCGGGAAGGCGGAAGGGGCAGCGGCGGAGGGGGCGUAGGCGCGCAGGGUCCGGCCCGCGGCGCCGAGGCGGGGGAGAGGCGAGCCGGAGCGUGGGGCCACGGCCUCCCUGAUCACUGAGCCCGGCCACCGCAGCGCCUGUAGCCGCGAGCGCGCCCAGGCCAGCGCGCGGGCGAGUGCGCGCGGGCGGGGGCGCGCAGGCCCUGCCCGCCCCUUCCGUCCCCACCCCCUCCUCCCCUUCCUCUCCCCACCUUCCUCUCCCCUUCUGCGCCCCCGCGCCGGGCGCCCACCCUGUCGUCCUCCUACGGGAGCGCUGUCCGCGGCGGCGGCCGGAGCGGGCCGGGCCGGGCCGGGGGAUGGCGCUGCUGGACCUGGCCCUGGAGGGAAUGGCCGUCUUCGGGUUCGUCCUCUUCUUGGUGCUGUGGCUGAUGCAUUUCAUGGCCAUCAUCUACACCCGAUUACACCUCAACAAGAAGGCAACGGACAAACAGCCAUAUAGCAAGCUCCCAGGGGUGUCUCUUCUGAAACCACUGAAAGGAGUAGAUCCUAACCUGAUCAACAACUUGGAAACGUUCUUUGAAUUGGAUUAUCCCAAAUAUGAAGUGCUCCUCUGUGUCCAAGAUCAUGACGAUCCGGCCAUUGAUGUAUGUAAGAAGCUUCUUGGAAAAUAUCCAAAUGUCGAUGCUAGAUUGUUCAUAGUGAUUCCAGACACACUCACAGACAUGGUUAACCAGAUGACAGAGAAAGUGGGCCUGGUCCACGGGCUGCCGUAUGUAGCAGACAGACAGGGCUUUGCCGCCACAUUAGAACAGGUGUAUUUUGGAACCUCUCAUCCAAGGUCCUAUAUCUCUGCCAAUGUAACUGGUUUCAAAUGUGUGACGGGAAUGUCUUGUUUAAUGAGAAAGGAUGUAUUAGAUCAAGCAGGAGGGCUUAUAGCUUUUGCUCAAUACAUUGCUGAAGAUUACUUUAUGGCUAAAGCAAUAGCUGACCGAGGCUGGAGGUUUGCCAUGUCCACUCAAGUUGCAAUGCAAAACUCCGGUUCAUAUUCGAUUUCUCAAUUUCAAUCCAGAAUGAUCAGGUGGACCAAAUUGAGAAUUAACAUGCUUCCUGCUACAAUAAUUUGUGAGCCAAUUUCAGAAUGCUUCGUUGCCAGUUUAAUUAUUGGAUGGGCAGCCCACCAUGUAUUUAGAUGGGAUAUUAUGGUAUUUUUCAUGUGUCAUUGCCUGGCGUGGUUUAUAUUUGACUACAUUCAACUCAGGGGUGUCCAGGGCGGCGCACUGUGUUUUUCAAAACUUGAUUACGCGGUCGCUUGGUUCAUCCGUGAAUCCAUGACAAUAUACAUUUUUUUGUCGGCGUUAUGGGACCCUACAAUAAGCUGGAGAACUGGCCGCUACAGACUGCGCUGUGGAGGCACAGCCGAGGAGAUCCUGGAUGUAUAACUGCAACUCUGUGACUGUACAUAAAGGAAAAAAGAGAAGUAUUAUAAAUUAUGUUUAUAUAAAUGCUUUUAAAAAAUCUACCUUCAGUAGUUUUAUCACAUGUAUGUUUUGGUAUCUGUUCUUUAAUUUAUUUUGCAUGGCACUUGCAUCCGUGAAAAGGAGGAAAAAAAAAAAAAAAAACACAUCCGUAGUCUUGGCCAAAUGGUUAUAGUUUAUUUUGUGGAAGUAGAGAAUCAAGAGAAUUGGUUCUAGGAACCUGGGUUCAGUUUUUGUUGUUGUUUGUUUGUUUUUUUUAAAAAUACAUACAUACAUAAAUAUAUAUGUAUAUGAAUGUUCUGCAACAAACACUAUGACAGUAUCCUUCAGUAGAGAAAGUUUCUUCUUGGUGAGUACACUCUUUUGGAUCAUGUGUGGGGUGGCCGCAGCUUUGCAUAGGGGGUUAGAAAAGACUAGAAGGUAAUCCCUUUGCAUGUCUAAAGUAAGAGGUUAUUAUGCAGCCAACAGCCCGAGGGAUGUACCAACUGAGAAACUUUUUCAUGCUUUAUGCCUACCUCUUGUAGUCGUUGCAGAGCAAAUAUAAAUUGUAAUAUGGUAGCUAGCUAGGCCUUGCAAAAACAAAUGGAAAAACUUUACAGAGAAUAAUAAUAACAAGAGAGCUGGAGUCUAGUAUUUAUAUGAAUCUGUGAGAAAUAUUUUUUUGGUCUCACUGCAAUGAACCAAAAGUGAUUGAGUUUGGUUUUUAAUGGUAGCCAUGUCUUAAAGGCAUCUUUUUGACCAACUCUUGUUGGUUCUGUCUUGAACCAUUGUUAAUCACUGUGCUGGUAAAUCUUUCCUUCCCUGCUUUUCACCUGACCCACCCCCGUCUUUCCUUAACGUUCUUGGGGGGGGGGUUAUUUUAGUGUGAGUGGAUGUUUUGAUAGUUGUGAGGAAAAUUGCAUUUCAGACACAUUUCACACAUGAGCUAUUUUCUUACACAGUAUGUCUUAUUGUUAAAAAAAAAGAAUGUAAUUUCAUGAUACAGGUAUUUAAUAUCUUUUUUAAGUAAAUAAAUAUUCUAGCCAUCAAUAAAUAAAUUGCAGUAGAGUAUUAGGAGGGGACAGGCUGAGUUUUACUCUUCAGAUUAAUCAGUAUCAAACUAAGUCUACUGUGUGUGUUUUUUUUUUUUUUUUUUAAUUUACGGUUAGUCUAGUCUUAUUUAAACUGGACUUUUGUUUCCAGUUUGUAUGACAAAAUAGACUAGAUCAGUGCUGGUUGUACAUGCAUGCUGUGUUUCUCUUCUCUUCCAUCAUGCCGCUAAACUUGCUUGUCAGGUUGUGCUUAUCUUGUGGUGAACUGGACUUGUUUUUGUUUAAAAAAAAAAACAGGCAAACAUGUAAAGGACAGUGCAUAAGCCUUUCUUUCUUUCUUUUUUUUUUUUUAUUUUUGCCUUUUUUUCGGUAGCCGACUUUUUGCUUUUUCUUCAGGAUUGGAUGGCAUGUUGUCCAUAUGAACGCCUCCCGCAGGGCUGACACUGGCCACAUGGCAGCUUUAGACUCUUUAAGUUCCUCCAGUUUCCAUGUCCAAGCCUGAUGUGUCACAUAUUAGCCAUAACUACGUAUUUAUUAUUAUUAUUUUUUUUGAUGAACACUCUUUCACCUCACUGAGCCAAUUUCAUUUAAUUGUCCAGUAAGUAUCUGCAUGGUUGAAAUCAUGGUAUAUCUGUGAAUGUGUAUAUGCAGCCUAUACACACAAUAUACAAGCUUUCUCUGGGCCAAACUGCUUCAUUCACUUUUUUUUUCUUUUUUCUUUUUUCUUUUUUUUUUUGUUCCUUUCUCUUCUUUGCCUUAUGAUGAAUUUGUUUGAAGGGCAUUUUCUUCAGAACAAAGGCUUUGAUGCAUAUUCCUUUCUGCGUGAAACGGGGGUAGUAUUGUUCCCUGAGGAAAAUUGCACAGUGAAAACCGGUCUAGUUGUGACCCACUCUGUGUUUAAGUUUGUUUUUUUUUUUUUAAGUCACUAUCACACAAACUGAAUUUUGCUGACCAUGUUUGUAAUCUGUUGGUUUGUCUUAACGAAGUUUGGUUGAUGCCAUCCUUUGCACUGCUGAAGUGAAAUCUUGCUUAUUAAUUACUUAGCUAUUUGCCGAUCCCGGUAUGGGCAGUGUAGCCACAAAACCAAAAUGGCUGGACAGACUUCUUGUGUUUGUAAAUAUAAAAAAAUGACUGUUCUGUAUAUGUGUUUUUUAUGUGAUAGUGGAGUAUUUCCUUCAAGUGAAGCUUCACUGAAGGAGACAGUGAUGUUUUUUGUUUAGCAAGUUUAGAGUGAUGAUACAACUGUAAGAAAUAAUAUAAAUGUUGAAGAAAGCAUCACAACAGAACUGUAGGAGUCCCAAUUUAAUAAACCAUCCAAAAAAAAAAAAAAAACCAAGUGUCUA